UACAGAGCCUGCCCUACUGAAUGAGAGGAUGGUCCCUGGGCAAGGACCGACUUUAUGUUGGCCAACCUUUCGGGGAUCAACAAAAACAUCCACCACAACUACUUGAAUCUUACUAUUGUAUGAAAUAUUCAAUCAUAUCAUUAUCGCGACUAGAUUCCCCUGGCUCUAGAUUGCCUGCGGCCCUUUGCGACUCGUACAAUCGACAAUCUCUUUCAACACACGCGCCUGGGCUUUGUCCCAGACCUACCACAGUAACCUCUUCGAUAUUACUCCUUGAGCUAUUGCCUCACUUCUCUGUCCACAAUGUCCUCAACGCCGAUGGAUGUAGAUAGGUCUAAUACACCAAAUGGCGCAUCGCUUAACAUCCACCGGACCAUUGGCACCACCGCCUCCGUGUCUAAUCUGUCCGAUGUCAUAGGCAGCUUUCGUCCCACCAAGCUCUUCAGACGUGAUGAUAUCAAGGACAGUCGCCCACAGCCUCAUGUACUGUCCCUCGACUACGAUGACGAAGGCCAACUCGUCAUGGCCUCGGCCAGCGACGAGACGAUACAGAUCUACCACGUCAAAGAGGGCAGACAUGACAAGAGCCUAGUCAGUAAAAAAUACGGAGUGAAACUGGCCAAAUUCACACACACAGCUUCAAGCAUAAUCUAUGCCAGCACAAAACAGAACGACGCUAUCCGAUAUCUUGCCACACAUGAUAAUUCAUUCAUCAGAUACUUUGAAGGUCACGAGGGACCUGUAACUUCACUGGCUGUUCACCCGGGCAGCGACAACUUCAUCUCAUGCUCACAAGACAACACUGUGCGCCUCUGGGACACACAAACUAAGAACUGUCAAGGUCAACUAUUUCUUCGAUCACCCUACCUCACCGCAUACGACCCGUCUGGAACUGUGUUUGCCGUCGCCUGUACGAGUAGCGGCACAAUAUUACUCUACGAUGCGCGAAACUAUGACAAGGCUCCUUUUGCGACGGUUGAUAUUGUCGAACAGUGCAGGAAGGUAGAUUCACAAUGCCUCAACAAGGGAUGGACAAAACUUGAAUUCUCGAAUGAUGGAAAGUCGUUACUUGUUGGAACUCGUGGUAAUGGCCACUUCCUCCUGGACGCUUUCGAGGGCACCCUGAAAGCAUAUCUUCAAAAGCCAAACGGCGGGACUCGACGAUUGGCUGUAGGAGAAACAGCAUCGGGUGGUAGCUCAUCGUCAGAUUCGUCAAACAUAGAGAGCAGUGGCGAGUGCUGUUUCGCUCCCGAUGGGCGUUAUGUUCUAAGUGGCUCCAAGAAGGAUGUCCUGGUCUGGGAUACUAUGGCGGCUCCCAACGAUAACAAAGUUCUGGAACCGAGCUGGACACUGCCUGAUAAGAGAGAGGCAGCUGUCCUAGCCUUCAACCCCCGGUACAACUUCUUCGCUACGGCUGACCAGGAGCUGUUGUUCUGGCUGCCCGAUCCUCAUGCCUAAGUCGUGCAAAGGAGAAGACGCUGAGCAGUUAAAAUGGUUGGAGUAAAUAAUAGAUACCCUUGCAUUAUGGUAUAUCAUGAUAAUGUCGGAGAUAGUGGAUCAAAUAGAUUUAAGGAGAAUGAAGGUUACACAAGAACUGCCUAUCCAGCGAUGGGCUAACCAGAAAAGCGUUCAAUUAUAGUAUGAUUUCUAA